GUUAUCGACUCAUCGAUCAGAGGAUGCAUAGAUAAAGAAAAGGUGCUCACUCAAUCAACAGUUAAAUUUCUCUCUAAUACCUUAAUUUCAAAUUUUAAGUCGGGUAAAAUCAAACUUUUCGGCGAAAUUUGAAACUCGGAUGUUCCCGAUUUGAGGAAGAAUUCACAGAAUUGCAGAAACCCAAAAAAAUUAGUGCAUGAGUUACUGCUCUAUUUUCAUUGUUUAACUCCUCACACACAUUCAAAUCGAAUCUCAAAUUUUGGGGGUCCAACCAGUAACUUUGGAUCUGUUCUUGCUGGUGAAGCAAUUUCUAUGGAGUGUGUGGUUCAGGGGAUUAUUGAGACUCAGUUUGGAUUCACUUUUUGGAUAAAAUAUUCUGUGCUGCAGCAUGUGGAAGCACUGGAGAUUCUACUUCAGGGACUUUGUGGAGUCAAUAAGGAGCGGUUACGAAUUCAUGAGUUAUGCUUGAGAAGCAGCCCAAACCUUGGAUCUGUGUCUUCUGAGGUUCGACUUAUAUGUGAUCUUGAGCAGCCUGAACCUACUUGGAUUAUUCGUCACGUUGGUGGUGCAAUGAGAGGUGCUGGUGCUGAACAGCUCUCCGUUCUGGUCCGUACAAUGGUAGAGAGCAAAGCUAGCAAGAAUGCCCUCCGUUUGUUUUAUGCACUUGGAUACAAGUUGGAUCAUGAGCUGUUGCGGGUGGGUUUUUCCUUUCAUUUCCAUAGGGGUGCUCAGAUCACUGUUACUGUCUCCUCGGUCAAUAAGGUGCCAAAGUUGCAUGCGGUCGAUGAAGCUGAGCCAGUCACACCGGGCAUACAAUUGGUUGAAGUAACAGCUCCUGCUGCAUCUGAUAACUAUACUGAAGUUGUGACAGCUGUCUCUUCUUUCUGUGAAUACCUUGCUCCACUGUUGCAUUUAUCAAAACCUGGUGUAUCUACUGGGGUGGUCCCAACUGCUGCUGCUGCUGCUGCAUCUCUGAUGUCUGAUGGUGGAGGCACAACUGUUUAGCUGGCAGACUGCAGCCUCAGAUGAAGAUCUCUGUUCGGUGUAAUGGAAUUUAAAUGUGUGCCCAGGAUGAGUUGACACAGAGUAGGCUGUUGCGUGUCUGAUGGAUGCUCUCAGGCCGCAAAUACGAAAAGUGACAAUGUACAUUAUUGGGAAUCUUUAAUGUCGCAAUCCUUCUAGUCUCUGGGUGAACUUGAUCAUGAACAUGCUGAAGUGUUAAAUCUUGUCACAAUAUAUUGACAUUUUGCAAAAAGAAAUUUUAAGGGGGUGAGGGAAGUGCCUAAAUCUAUCUUAGUUGGUUAAGGGGUGAUUUGAUCCGCAGUCUAUAGACAUAUUAUGCCAGUGCUUGAGAGUUGAGACUUGGUUGUGUCCCAUAUUUCUGGAAGGUGUAAUUAGUAGAAGCGAGAGUUGAUACUCCGUUGUAUCCGCAUAGAUUUUGUUGGGAAGUAAGAAUAAUUGAAGCCAGCGUAGUUUCCUCUAUCAACGUGGGGUUGGUCCAAGUUGUAAGUGGGUUGGUAUUGCUCAAGGAGGAUCCCGAGGUCGAACCUAAUCGUAGGCAGAAUUCCUCGUUGGGGAGACUCAGCCAGGUGCACGACCUGGGUAAAUCCAAAGGUAGUUGGGGAAUAAGCUCCAGCAAACAGGGUUGGCAACCAAAUAAACGAUUAUCUUCCUCCCUAUGCUACCUUUUCUUUUUCUUAGUACUGGAAGUCUGGAACAGCUUAUUUAGUGGUGUAGUUAUAUAGGGUUACUUUAGAUUUAAACUUAUCUCAACCUCAAUUUAGUUUUGUGGCAUCCAACUCCACCCGAUAGCUUAACAUAGAUCUGCUACCUGUGGGUAUUUCUGUGUGUUUAGUGCGUCUUCAUCCGUCUCAUGUUUGUGCAUGUGAGCCACAUAUGUCAUAUGUGUGUAUCUCACUUGUACUAUAUAUGGGGUUUUCUCUAGCUUGUAAAAGGGCGAGGUUCUUGCGUUUAUGGAAUAUACCUCAUUUGUCAUGGAAUUGUAGUCUUUUUAAUCUUAACUAGCUUUUAGGUUUGGGCUAUUUUCCGAGUAAUUAUAUUUUUUAUUUAUUAAUAUUUUACUUUAAAUUGUUAAAAAUCAAAACUUACUCGGUUUAGUGGUUAAGACUUUUGUAUAUAAGUUUGAAGUUAUGGGAUCAAAUUCUAUA